AUGCUCAGCAGUGCCAAGAUCUUCGUCAUGUCCGUCGCCGUCGCGGUCGUUUCUAGCGGAGUAAACGCUGAGAUGCAGGCGACUCAACUGGUGGUCGGCGGUCCGGGCUACGUCGGCGUUGGCGUCCCUGGUGUUGUAGGUGUCAGCGGCCUAGGCGUCUACGGCACUGGCUACGGCUACGGUCCUGGCGUCUAUGGCGGGGUCUACGGCCCCGGCUACGGCUACAAUGGAGUCGCUCCGGGCGGUGCCACGGCAAGCGCCACAGCGAAUGCGAACGCGUACCGCAAGCUUCGCUCCGAGGAGCAAUAA